AUGUACGACUCAGUUUGGGCUGUGGUGGAUCGCUUUGCAAAGUCAGCACAUUUCUUACCUGUUAAGGUAACUUAUACCGUGGAUCAAUAUGCUGAAUUGCAGAAAAGUUAUGCAGAUCCCAAGCGACGGGAUGUUACAUUCCAACUUGGUGAUCAUGUCUUCCUACGAGUGUCCCCAAUGAAAGGGAUUAGAUGCUUUGGAAAGAAAGUUGCUUAUCGGUUGGCUUUACCUCCAUCAUUGUCAGCAGUGCAUAAUGUAUUUCAUGUUUCCAUGCUGAGGAAGUACGUGUCUGAUCCAAUGCACGUUCUGAGUUAUGAAAUGCUGGAGUUGCAACCUGACCUAUCCUAUGAUGAACAACCAGUACAAAUUUUAGAUAGGAAGGAAAAGGUCCUUCGAACUAAAACCAUAUCGUUGGUUAAAGUACUCUGGAGGAAUAGUAAAGUGGAAGAAGCCACUUGGGAGUUGGAGACUGAUAUGAGGGCUCAGUAUCCUGAGUUGUUCAGGUAG